AUGCAGGCUGAGGUUGGCGACGAGGUGGGAGAGGGGAUCCCCGGGCAGACCGGCGGGGAGGUUGACGACGAGGAAGCUCGCCAAAUGCUAAGGACGGUGAUGCGGAUACCCUUCUGCAAGAAUUGCGAGACAAAAUUGUUCGAUCUACGCUACGAAUGCCAGGACUGCCCCGAUACGAACUUUUGCUCAAGCUGUCGUUUAGUUCAUAAUCGUCAUACGCUGAAGCUCGUUACCUCGCCAAUCAUUAUCAGCAGCUGGGACAACUCUGAUGAAGACGGGGAAGUUCCCGAUGACGCAAGCAGUACCCAUGACGGGACGGAUGAGGAUAGCGACGCUUCUAUACACCCCGAAUUCGAUGGAGGUGGUGAAAAUGCGGAGUAUGGUAUCGAGCACGCCAAUAUCGAGUACAUUUCUGACGAUCGUGGCCGGGGAGAGACCGAUGAGUGGGUUGAUAGCAGCCCUGAAAACAUCAUCAACAGCAAAGAGUGCCGCCCAAUCGAGCUACGAUCAAGGGCACGAAAAUCACCGGUCCGGCAGCCUGACAUUCCUUUCAAGGACUUCUCACAAAUCGCGAGAACAAUGACGAAGGCAAUGAAGCGGAUGCAGGCCGUGGUUCGCGCUGCAGAAGACAUGGUGCGUGUGCAGACUCACCAGAACUCGUCCCAAAGAGGCGUCCCAAAGACCCAUGACAGCGAACGCAGUAGAUCCACGUCGAGAAAGCGACCCGUGCCUGAGGCCCUUCUCGACUUCCCCAUCGACUUCGCUACACUGGACUAUGAUGACAAUGACGACGAGGAGAGUGAGGAAGAGGGCAAGGAUGAGGGGAGAGGUGACGAAAGUAGCAGCAGCAGCAGGAUAUGCCCACGGCCCCGGAAGAGGAAUAGGCAACGUCCACGACAGUGGUCAUCGAAGGAUCGGCGUCGACUUGCCCAGCUGAAGCAGAAGGGGUGGAAAGAUGAUCGAAUAGGCGCCGAUUUGGGCCGGAGCGCGAGUGCUGUGUCGCAGCAAUGGCGCAAACAGAGGUUGCCUGAGGGCUAG